AUGUCCAAGAUCCCGAAAACCCACCCCAAAUCAGUCCAGUCCCACAAGGAUCUCAUCCUGCAAUGCUUGGAUCAUAAAGACGAGUCCAUCUGCCUCCGGGCCUCAGAUCUUCUCUACAGUGUCCAAGAAGAACUUGAUGGAGAUUGUGAAGAAGCUGAUGAUCCACCUGGACAAAGUGGAAGGGACAACCUACAGGGGCGAGCUGCUGACCAAAAUCAUUGA